AUGUUCACAAAUCCAUAUGCUAUAGAAGUACUGAAAACUAAAAAGGAUGAACUUGUGGAAGGCAUAAACAACCCUGACCACCUUGUGAACUGGCUGAUAGACAAUGGCAUUCUUGCACCAGAGAAGAAAAUGGUUUUAUCCUACUACAGGACACGAAUAGCAAAGAACUCCCGAGUUUUGGACAUCCUGGCUUCUCAAGGUGAGCGAGCUUGCAGGUUGUUUUUUUAUCCCUGUCUGAAACAGAUCGAGCCACAACUAUAUAACAACCUGAGGAAUUAUGUCAGUGAUGUGAAUGAGAAAAUUGGGGAUGCGAGAAGGCAACUGAUAGGGUACCUACUUGAGAAAGACAAAGGGUGGGUUCAAAAGCCAAAAGAUCAUCACCAAAAGAAGAAAGACAGUGCUAGACAGGCUUUAGCUAAGCAGGAAAAAACAGCUCAGAUCAAACAUGAAGGAAAAAAAGUUCCAGCUGAAGUAAAGCCUGUAGAAGCUGAUUCGGAUUCUCUUUGUAUCUUUGAAUCUGUGGCUAAAGGUAAUCUUUCUGAUCUAGAAAAAUAUUUAAAGCACAGUGAUAUUAAUGCAGUGAACUCCUCAAAUGAAACCCUCCUACAUAUUGCAGCUGCUCAUGGGCACAUCGAGAUUAUUGACUAUUUAAUCGGCAAAGGUGCCAAGCUGGGUGUCAAGGAUAAAAAAGGAAGAACCCCACUGCACAGAGCUGCUGAGAAGGGUCAUAACGAUGCUGUGAAAAUGCUGCUCCAAGCUGGUGCCAAUAUGUACAGCUUGGAUCAAGAAGGCAAGACCCCACUGCAUUUGGCCAGUUGGAACCACCAUACUCAUGUUCUGAAGAGCAUUCUGGGGGAGGAGGGAAGACGAUACAAGAACCAGCACAAUUUCCUGCACAUGGCUGCUCUCAAAGAUGACAGCAACUUGGUGCAAACACUCUCAAAGCAUGGUGCUCCUGUGGAUGCCAAGGAUGAGAAAGGACAAACUGCUUUGGGCUAUGCUGUGUCUCAGGGAUUUGAGAAGACAGUGAAAGUCCUGCUGGAAGCUGGAGCCAACAUCGAUUCCAGCAUCAUUGAUGCAGCCUUUAAUAGCAACAACCAAUCGAUUUUCAAGUUAUUGUUGGAUUAUUCCAAAGGAUUGUCACCUGAUACAAUGGUGUCAGCUCUUUAUAAAGCCAUUCAGAAGGACUUGCAUGGCAUUGUAGCCGCUUUAAUUGAAAGAGGUGCAGACAUAAAUGCCCACAAUGAAAUGCGCUACACGCCUUUGCUUGUGGCAUGUGAAAUGGGAAAGACAGAGUCAGCAAAAGUGCUUGUGGGCAUGGGGGCCAGCUUGAAGGACAAGACCCCCAACUCAAGCAGUGCUUUGCACCUGGCAGUUCAAGCUGGAGCCGCUUCCAUUGCAAAGAUGCUUCUAGGCAAAGGAAUGGAUGCUAACUUGGCUGGCCAAGGAGAUCAAACACCCCUCCAUGUUGCAGCAUUACACAAUAAAGGAACGCUGGUUGGCCUAUUAAUUGAUGCCGGGGCUAAAAUUAAUGCAGUCACUAAAGAGCUACUCACUCCAUUGCACAUGGCAAGUCAUAAGGGCCAUGUUGAUGUUGCUCAAAAGCUACUGCACUACAAGGCCAAUGUCAACCUUAAGGACAAGUGGUCCAAGACGCCGCUGCAUCUUGCUGCUGAAACAGGAAAUCCUGCUAUGGUGGAACUGCUUCUCAAUUCUGGUGCUGACCCCAACGCAGUAGAUAAAGAGAAAAAGGCCCCACUUCACCUUGCAGCCAUAGGAAGCCAUCUUAACACUGUGAAAGCUCUGUUAAAUAAGAAUGGUAGGUUUGGUGCCAAAGACAUGGAUGGUUGUACACCAAUGCACUAUGCGGCCAUUAAUGGGAAUACAGAGAUAGUACAAACUCUUUUGGCGGCCGGGAAGAAUAAAAACACUGAUGACCGAAACAUCUGGAGAAAAAUCCCACUGCAUCUGGCAGCAGAACAUGGACAUAGCAACUUAAUACAGCUCUUGCUGAGCAACGGGUCGUCUAUUAAUGCUUUGGACAACAAUAAAGACACACCGCUGCAUUGCGCUUGCAAAGCCGGUAAUUAUGAUUGUGUGAGUACACUGGUCCAUCACUCUGUGGGGGAGAAAGCAAACCUUCAGGCUACAAAUAGCUUGAAAAAGACCCCACUACAAGUAGCAGAAUCCAGCUCAAUGGAAAACCAAGCUCAGAUUGUUACACUUUUGAAAAAGAAAAUGUUCUUGAUAAAAUAA